AUGGGUCUUUUAGAUGAUGACAACGAAUAUGUUGAAGCAAUUAAGGAAGCAAGUUUUGAAGCUCAUUGUCGGUAUUUAAGAUCAUUAUUUGCCACAUUGCUUUUAACUAAUACGCUAUCAAGACCUGAAUUUGUGUGGGAAAAAACUUGGCACUUACUAGGUGACGAUAUUCUAUUCAAGCGUCGUAAAGAAACACAUAUCCCUGAUCUAAUUAUUCCUGAACAUCAUUUGAAGAAUCUAAUUUUGGUGGAAAUUGAGAAUUACUUAAUUUCCAAUGGGUCUACAUUAAGUAAAUUUUCUACGAUGCCCUAUCCAGAUGACGAUUCACUACGGCAAGGUACUAAUCGUCUAAUCAAUGAGGAAUUAUCGCACGACCCACAUGAGUUGAAAAGUGAGUUUACUAUAUUGAAAGAGUCUUUAACUGAAGAGCAGUUAAACGUUUUUAACCAAAUUGUGAAUGCUGUCGAAUGCCAAAGUGGAGGGUUGUUUUUUGUAUAUGGUUACGGUGGGACAGGGAAGACUUUUUUGUGGAAGACUUUGGCUGCUGCAAUCAGAUGUAAAGAAGAUUCCAUGUGCUUCAUUAAGCCGAACGAUGAUGUUGCUAAUCUUUUAAAAGAGUCAAAGUUGAUUAUAUGGGAUGAAGCCCCUAUGGUGCACAAACAUGCGUUUGAGGCAUUAGAUCGAACAAUGAAAGACAUUCUGUCGUCUUCUACGAAUAACUCUUCUGAGCUACCAUUUGGAGGUAAAGUUAUUGUGUUUGGUGGUGACUUUAGACAAAUACUACCCGUUAUCCCAAAUGGUACGAGGCAGCAGAUUGUUAAUUCCUCUUUGAGUUCUUCAUAUCUAUGGUCUGAAUGCAAGGUUUUAAAGUUAACAAAAAACAUGAGGUUGAGAACUGGAGCUGAGUCAUCUAACAGUGAUUCUAUUAAGAAGUUUGCAAAAUGGCUACUUGAUAUUGGUGAAGGAAACAUUGGUUCAGAAAACGAUGGUGAAGCGUUUAUAGAGUUACCCGAUGAUUUAGUAAUUACCGACUCAGAUGAUCCAAUUCAAAGUUUAAUUGACUUUGUUCAUCCUUCAAUCUUACAUCAGUAUAAAAAUCCUGGAUUCUUUUCAGAGAGAGCAAUUUUAGCACCAAAGAAUGAAGUAGUUCAUGAGAUUAAUGAUCGAUUACUUUCAUUAUUUCCAGGUGAAGAAAAAGAGUAUUUGAGCUGUGACAGUAUAUGUCAAACAGAACAAGUUCUUGAUUCUUUUCAACAAGGUCUAUACUCUCCUGACAAUUUGAAUGCUCUUAAAAUCUCCGGUUUACCCAAUCAUAGGUUGGUUCUUAAAGUUGGUGUUCCUGUGAUGCUUCUUCGAAACAUUGAUCAACAGAACGGACUAUGUAAUGGUACCAGAUUACAAGUAACCUUUCUUGGUAAGCGAGUAAUUGAAGCGGAAGUAAUAUCUGGCGGAAAUAUCGGCACAAGAGUUUUUAUUCCAAGAAUUAGUAUGGUUCCUUCAGACAAAAAGAUACCUUUUCAAUUUCAAAGAAGGCAAUUUCCGUUAACAGUUUGUUUUGCUAUGACAAUUAACAAGAGUCAAGGACAGUCGCUAUCUAGAGUUGGUUUAUACUUAAAAGAUCCUGUAUUUACUCACGGUCAAUUGUAUGUGGCGUUAUCCAGAGUCAAGAGCAGGCAAGGUGUUAAAAUUUUAUCAUUUGAUUGCGAUGGUAAACCUACAUCAAAGACAUCUAAUGUAGUGUACAAGGAGAUUUUUCAUAACUUAUAA